AUGGGCGAUAAUGCUGCAGCUCGAUUUUUUGAUACAACAGGCUGUUUGAAUCUAUCGCGACCGGCAAGCGGUACUCGAGUUGCAUCGGUAAAACAACAUCAACGGCCAGCUGCAGCUUCUGGGUUAAUUCGAGGCCAAGUUAAAAUUGAUCUGUACAAUUUUGACCAUAUUGACUUUGCUGAUUCUAAAUAUGUUCUAACAAGUCCACGUUCGUUAGAAGCAUGUGCUCGUCUUAAUAUUAAGCCGGCUACAUUACUUCCAGGAAAAUUAUCAGAUUUAACAUCCGAUAAAGUUCGAUUUUCCACAUUAAUAGAUAUUCGUGAUGAAAUGGAAGUAGAAAGAUUAGCAAAUUUACAACGUUGUCGAGAUGAACGUGAAAAAAUUAUUCGCGAAGAAACGAUUUCAAAGCCAUCAUCAGUAUCAUCAUCAUCAAAAAAAGUCAAUAACAAAUCUGCAUCGCACCGAACUCAUGCACCAACAAAAGAUCAUCGACCUACAACUGUACAUUUUGCAUCGACGCAUGUGGAUCAUGGUUCUCAACUUCCACCGCGACCAAUAUCGUCUACUCGUCUAGCAUCUGAUAAUCGUAAUGAAUUACGAAAGUCAUCUUCAACAGGAUUUUUAGAUGAAGUCUUACGACUGGAUAAAAACCUUCAACGUCGUGGAACAGCCGAUUCGAAGAAGAGUGAAUCAUAUGUAAAUGGUCUGGAAAGUGUUAAACAUUUAAUAGAACAACAUGUCGCACAAGUGCCACAACCGAAUGACAUCGAAAGUCUAACAUUCGAGAAAAAACAACACGAUCUCUUACUGUCUCAUUAUGAUCAUGAAUUAAAACUUCAGAAAGCUAGAGAAAAUGCACGGCGAACCGAACGGGAAAAGGAAGCAGAACGUUGCGAUUCGUUAAUGCAUGAUUUCAUGAGUCAAACUAUGGCUGAAGAACGUCGCCAGAAUGAAUUGCGUCGAAAGCGCGAUCGAUUGCAUCAAUCACGACAACUGUACGAAGUAUUACAAGCCAAAAACCAUGAAAUUCAAGCAGCAGACACUGAGAAGCGACGUGCAGAGUUACUCAAAGAAAUUCAGCGAAAAGAUCGCCGAACAGAACAUUUUGCAAAAGAUAAACAAGACACUGUGAAUUUAUUCCGUGUCUUAGCAAAAUCCUCUCAAGACAUGCGACCAAGGGGGAAACGACAGAUUUCGUGCUCGCAAGACUUUCCUGGCACUCUGAGAAAUCCGGGAUCUCGGCAAUCCACCGUUUCCCAUUAA